GGCAGGCGCGCGGUCGGCUCGUCGCAUCCCUCGGCCUCCUCUGCCCCCGCCCUCGGAGCUUCUCGCGCACGCGUUCCAGUCCCUGGGCAUCUUCCGCUCUCCUCCCACCCCUCCGCCUUUUGCUGCGCUCUCCAAGCCCCCGGCCCCGAGCUCGCGCGCCCCUACCUCUCACCAUGUGCGGUAUAUUUGCAUACCUGAACUACCAUGUUCCACGGACAAGGAGAGAGAUCUUAGAGACCCUCAUCAAGGGACUUCAGAGACUGGAGUAUAGAGGAUAUGAUUCUGCUGGAGUGGGAGUUGAUGGAGGCAAUGACAAGGACUGGGAAGCCAAUGCCUGCAAAAUCCAGCUUAUUAAGAAGAAAGGGAAAGUUAAGGCGCUGGAUGAAGAAGUUAACAAACAACAGGAUAUGGACUUGGAUAUAGAAUUUGAUGUACAUCUUGGAAUAGCUCAUACCCGUUGGGCCACCCAUGGGGAACCUAAUCCAGUUAAUAGCCAUCCACAGCGCUCUGAUAAAAACAAUGAAUUUAUUGUAAUUCACAAUGGGAUCAUCACCAACUACAAAGAUUUGAGAAAGUUUCUGGAAAGCAAAGGUUAUGAUUUUGAAUCUGAAACGGACACGGAGUCAAUUGCUAAACUUGUUAAAUACAUGUAUGACAACCGAGAAAGUGAUGAUAUCAGUUUCACAACACUGGUGGAGAGAGUAAUCCAACAACUGGAAGGUGCCUUUGCACUUGUGUUUAAAAGUGUGCAUUAUCCUGGACAAGCAGUAGGUACAAGGCGAGGAAGCCCCCUCCUGAUUGGAGUACGAAGUGAGCAUAAGCUGUCCACGGACCAUAUUCCAAUACUGUAUAGAACAGCUGUACAAACUAUGGAUCAUUCUAUUGAUGUAAUAUCCAUAAAUCAGGAAAAAGGCAAAGACAAGAAAGGAAGUUGUAGCCUCUCUCGUGUGGACAGUACUACUUGCCUUUUUCCUGUUGAAGAAAAAGCUGUUGAAUAUUACUUUGCUUCUGAUGCAAGUGCUGUCAUAGAACACACCAACCGUGUGAUCUUUCUUGAAGAUGAUGAUGUGGCAGCUGCGGUGGAUGGUCGUCUUUCUAUUCACCGAAUUAAACGUACAGCAGGAGAUCACCCUGGCCGAGCUGUGCAGACAUUACAGAUGGAACUACAACAGAUCAUGAAGGGCAACUUCAGUUCAUUUAUGCAGAAGGAAAUUUUUGAGCAGCCGGAAUCUGUUGUUAACACAAUGAGAGGAAGAGUCAACUUUGAUGAUUAUACUGUAAAUUUGGGAGGUUUGAAAGAUCACAUCAAAGAAAUCCAGAGAUGUCGACGUUUGAUCCUUAUUGCAUGUGGGACAAGUUAUCAUGCUGGCGUUGCAACUCGUCAAGUUCUUGAGGAAUUGACAGAGUUGCCUGUUAUGGUGGAACUUGCCAGUGACUUUCUGGAUAGAAACACUCCGGUUUUUCGAGAUGAUGUUUGCUUUUUCAUCAGUCAAUCAGGAGAGACAGCAGAUACAUUAAUGUGUCUUAGGUAUUGUAAAGAGAGAGGAGCCUUAACAGUAGGAAUUACAAAUACUGUUGGCAGCUCCAUAUCAAGGGAGACAGAUUGUGGAGUUCAUAUUAAUGCCGGUCCAGAGAUUGGUGUGGCCAGCACAAAGGCUUAUACAAGCCAAUUUGUAUCUUUGGUGAUGUUUGCCCUCAUGAUGUGUGAUGAUAGGAUUUCAAUGCAAGAAAGACGUAAAGAAAUCGUGCUUGGUUUGAAGGGGUUGCCUGAUUUGAUAAAGGAAGUACUGAGCAUGGAUGAUGAAAUUCAGAAACUGGCUAUAGAACUUUAUCAUCAAAAGUCAGUGUUGAUUAUGGGACGUGGAUAUCACUAUGCUACCUGCUUGGAAGGAGCCCUAAAAAUCAAAGAAAUCACGUACAUGCAUUCAGAAGGUAUCUUAGCUGGUGAAUUAAAACAUGGCCCAUUGGCUUUGGUGGAUAAAUUGAUGCCUGUCAUCAUGAUCAUCAUGAGGGAUAACACAUAUGCCAAGUGCCAGAACGCUCUGCAGCAGGUUGUUGCUCGACAGGGACGACCUGUAAUUAUCUGUGACAAAGAAGAUACUGAGACUAUCAAGAACACUAAGAGGACAAUCAAGGUGCCCCAUUCAGUGGACUGCCUUCAGGGCAUUCUCAGUGUCAUCCCUUUGCAACUACUGGCUUUCCAUCUUGCUGUUCUGAGAGGAUAUGAUGUUGAUUUCCCAAGAAAUCUGGCCAAAUCUGUUACUGUGGAAUAAAGUACAUCUGAAAUAAUGGAGGAGAUAACAGUGAAAGAAGCUUUUUUGUAUCAAAUAACUUGAUUUUAAAAAUCAUCCCCUUUUAGCCUUAUUUCAUUAAAUCCAGAUUUAUCAACUAUUAUUAUUUUUCCACUUAAUUAAUGGGUGGCUUUUUUGUUUGGCUUUGUUUUCGGUAAAAAUGAUUUCUUAUUUUUCCAACACGUAUUUUUAUUGUUAUUGUUGUUUUGAAUAAUGAAAUCUCUGUCAGGAAGAGGUCUUAAACUAUCAUUUUUCUUUAAAAGAUUGUUAAGGCUUAAGUUUUGGGCCUAUGAAGAGGGUUUUAUUUUAUUAAAUAAUAAGUUUUUCCUGUGCCAUGUUUUAUUCAUUUCAGACCAAUGAUACAGUGCAUUUUAUUGAAUUACCCAAAGCCAGUGUUGAUACGUGCCAAUACCUGGAAACUACAUUCAAACUUUACUAAAGGAGAUAUAACGAUG